GUGCUAACUUGACCAGAAUCUUGUUGACAUGGAAACUAGCCGUUCUUGUGAGAACUUCAUCAAACUUGAGGUCAAUCAUCUAACCUCUUGGUCAAGCAACGAGUCAUCUUUAGAUAACUCUGAUGUAUCAAUGGGAUCAGAUUUCAAUGAAAAUACAACAGUGAGUUUUGGAAUUCUCUUUGAUGUGGAUGGUGUUCUUGCCAGGGGAAGCGCACCCCUAGAUCCUGCCAAAAAAGCAAUGGAGAAGCUGAAAGAUUCUAAUGGAAACCUGAAAGUUCCAGUUGCCUUUGUAACCAAUGCCUGUAACAGAAGUGCUGAUAAAGCAAGACAAAUCAGCAAAUGGUUUGAUAUCAAUGUGACACCUGAGCAAGUGAUUCAUGCUCCAACCCCAGCUAAACUUCUCAGUGAAUUUCAUGGAAAACAUACUUUAGUCAUUGGCCAGGAACAUAAGCGAGAAAUAGCAGAAGAUCUUGGUUUCAAAAAUGUUUGUACAAUUGAAGAUGUAAAAAAGGCCUACCCACUGUUAGACAUGGUUGAUCAUGAAAACAGGGGCAGAGUGGCAAGAGGGGAUUACAUUGAAAAUCCUGACUUCCCCAGAGUCGAUGUCAUUCUACUGAUUGGAGAGCCUUGUCGCUGGGAAACUGACCUUCAGUUGAUCAUUGACCUUCUAUUGACAGAGGGCAAACCACUACAUGCCCCUGAAGAUCCUCAUAAUGUUCCACAAAUUCCACUCAUAGCAUGCAACAUGGACCUUGUCUUCAUGGCUGAGGCUUGCAUGCCUCGCUUUGGCCAUGGUGCCUUCCUUCUUUGUCUUGAAGCACUUUACAAGAAAAUUACAGGCAAGGAUCUUCUUUACAAAAAUCUGGUAGGCAAACCCUGUGAAAUAACUUAUAGAUUUGCUGAACAUAUGGUGUCUAAAAUAGCGCAACAAAUGGGAAUCAGCAAGCCUAUCAAGCGCCUAUACUUUUUUGGGGACAACCCAAAUGUGGACAUAGUGGGGGCUAACUUGUAUGACCGCUUCAUUAAGAGAAAAGAUAGCAACGCCAAUGCUGUAGAUGUUCCAGUUUCUAGAUUGAUCCCACAGAGUGACGAGCUUCACAAGCAGACAGUGGAGGACUGUUUUAGUAUGUUGGUUGGUACAGGUGUCUACAAACACACAGCAGAUGAGGAGACAACUGUCAAGUCCACUGAUGUUUACCAUGGCCACAGAGAUAUUGCACAUGAACCAGAGCUCAGCAAGCCACACAAAUUUGUUCAUGAUGUCAAUGAUGGCAUUGAUUAUAUUUUUAGGAAAGAAGGCAUUGAGGUUAAUUGAGUUGCUUAAUAUCAGGCUGUAAAUAUGAGUUAAGUGUGUGUUGCUGUUGCUCAGUGAAUAAGGGCAUACUGUCUCCUGGCUGUCCUGUAAAUAUUGUGUAAUUAGCUGGUAUGUGCUCUAUAGUGAGCUGUCUUCGUGUCAGCUACUUGGGCUGUGCUCUAUAGUGAGCUGUCUUCAUGUCAGCUACUUGGGCUGUGCUCUAUAGUGAGCUGUCUUCAUGUCAGCUACUUGGGCUGUGCUCUAUAGUGAGCUGUCUUCAUGUCAGCUACUUGGGCUGUGCUCUAUAGUGAGCUGUCUUCAUGUCAGCUACUUGGGCUGUGCUCUAUAGUGAGCUGUCUUCAUGUCAGCUACUUGGGCUGUGCUCUAUAGUGAGCUGUCUUCAUGUCAGCUACUUGGGCUGUGCUCUAUAGUGAGCGGUCUUCAUGUCAGCUACUUGGGCUGUGCUCUAUAGUGAGCUGUCUUCAUGUCAGCUACUUGGGCUGUGCUCUAUAGUGAGCUGUCUUCAUGUCAGCUACUUGGGCUGUGCUCUAUAGUGAGCUGUCUUCAUGUCAGCUACUUAGGCUGUGCUCUAUAGUGAGCUGUCUUCAUGUCAGCUACUUGGGCUGUGCUCUAUAGUGAGCUGUCUUCAUGUCAGCUACUUGGGCUGUGCUCUAUAGUGAUUUGUCUUCAUGUCAGCUACUUGGGCUGUGCUCUAUAGUGAGCUGUCUUCAUGUCAGCUACUUGAGCUGUGCUCUAUAGUGAGCUGUCUUCAUGUCAGCUACUUGGGCUGUGCUCUAUAGUGAGCUGUCUUCAUGUCAGCUACUUGGGCUGUGCUCUAUAGUGAGCUGUCUUCAUGUCAGCUACUUGGGCUGUGCUCUAUAGUGAGCUGUCUUCAUGUCAGCUACUUGGGCUGUGCUCUAUAGUGAGCUGUCUUCAUGUCAGCUGUCUUCAUUUCAGCUACUGGAGCUGUGCUCUAUAGUGAGCUGUCUUCGUGUCAGCUACUGGAGCUGUGCUCUAUAGUGAGCUGUCUUCAUGUCAGCUGUCUUCAUGUCAGCUACUUGGGCUGUGCUCUAUAGUGAGCUGUCUUCGUGUCAGCUACUGGGGCUGAACCAUUGAGCUGUUAUGUUAGAGCUAUUGUAUGAUAAAAAGUUGAGUUUUUCAAAAGAUCUAAAUAAUUUUUUACUUUGUAACUUUGUUCAUAUGAAAAUAAUGGCAUAUCUAAGACAAGCAAUUCAGCUUGCCAAUCAUGUACAACGAAAAAGUGUGCAAGUUGGUUGUGUACUUUUCACCCCUUUUGUAAAGUUCAUAAGUCUUUCAUUUUUUACAAACUAUUCCUAAAAAAUAUUACAUUUUUAUACUAAUCAUUAGCCCUUAUUUUGUCAAUUUUUUUUAUUGUGUAUUUAUUUGCAUUCAUAUAUCAUUAGAGCCUAUAAGUAUAAAGAUCUUCUCAACAAAAAUGUCAGUUUAAGACCACUAAAGUUAUGCAUUCCAUUUAUUGGAUUUACACCUAGGCUCUGUCUUUUUAAAUUAUAAUUAUAUAAAUGUAUAUAUGUCAAACAGCUACUUUAAUGUAUAACCUUGUGAAAUUUGUCAUAAAUGGCUACAAAUUGUUCUCUCCACGAGGCUCUUCUUGUAAAUUUUGAGAAUCAAAUUUUUUAUUUGAUGCUAUGCUUUUGUGAGAAAUUAAAAGUUAAUGAUAAUUAAGAAGUUUUUUUGUAUCAAAAAUCAAUGUUCCUUGUGUCAAAGAGUUGCUAAUAGUAACGUGGAGAUCUGUUGGACUGAUAUGCUGCUGUGGAUUAACCUAUACAUUCUAUGCUGCAGGCCAGGCCAUUCUA